GACACCAAAUUUAUAGUAAAGUACGUGGACGAUAUUUUUGCUAUAGUAAGACGAAACGACGUGGAUACGAUUUUAAAGACACUCAAUCAAUACCAUCCCAAACUGCAAUUCACAAUGGAACCAGAAACUCAUUCCCGCAUCCCGUUCCUAGAUGUCAUGAUCCACAGGAAAAAUGACUCCAUAUUAUUAGAUUGGUACUCAAAGCCCACAUCCUCCGGACGCCUAAUAAACUUCUUGUCUGCGCAACCCUUCAAGUAUAAAGUUAACACAGCGAAAAACCUAAUACAUAAAGUACUAACUAUAAGCCACAAACAAUUCAGAGACACAAAUAUAAAUAAGAUAAACAACAUUCUAAAAAGUAACAACUACCCGCACCACCUAAUACAGAGCCUACUUCAACAUAAAAUAAUAGAAAUAGACAACAAACACAGCCAAAUACCGACAUGUAAAACAAGAAAUGAUACAAAGCGACAUCACAGUGUCACAUAUGUACCAAAAUUCCACCAAAAAACUUGACCGCGAAAUAUACAACAAAAAUCAAAACACAGUACUAGCCUACAGAUCAAAUAGCACGCUGUCUUCGAUUUUCACAAGAACAAAAUCGCCAAUUGACUCCCACCAACAAAGUAAUGUAGUAUAGGAAAUAACAUGCAAAGGGAGAGAAAACGAAGACUGCAAUAAAGUAUACAUUGGCACAACAAAACGGGCACUGGGUGUACGCCUGGCAGAACACGAAGCUGAUAUUAAGAAAAACAAAAACACCACCACCGGUUAACACCACCGCUUUAGCCCAACAUGUGUUAGCCAGUGGUCAUACAGCUGACUUACCCAACGCGAGGAUAGUGGAUAGGGAAAAAAGAGAAAAAGCGAGGUAUACCUUGGAAAGCUUACGAAUUUUACAAAAGAGAGACAGAACUCUGACAGAACACUGACGACGUCGCGGCUGCAUAUUUAUUAUGUUUAUAGUUAGUAAUAAUUUGACAAUUGUACCACACAGAGUUGGUAUGAA